UUUUAAACUCCAUUUUUUUCGAAAUAAGUAUGAAAACAGUAAAUUAGCUAUAGCAUAAUUGCGUUCGGUGGUAGUAAAUUUACGCAUUUUCUGGCGUCAAGAAAUGUUUAGAUUAGUUGUGUGCGUAUAGGCAGAUAGCGUAGAUUGAAAUCUCUAGCGUCAGGUGGUUCAUAUUUUUAAUGGAUCUUUUGUGAACUGCAAAGAAAGGCAAAAUGUCAGAAAAUCUAACAACAAACAUAUCUCGAUUAUUUGACAGUGGCGAGUCAGCUGAUGAUCCUCAAUCAGCUGUUGCUUUGGAAAUGGAAUCCGCUGAAAGACGAUCUGAGCCUGAUCUUUUGGUUUAUGGCGGUGCCAUUCUUCUCAUCCUACUGGUCGUCUCUGUCCUUCUCUUUUACGUUGAUAAAGGGGCGACAGAGAAGAUAGAUGACUACCUAUAUAACUACUAUGGUGGAAAUGAAUAUGAAAGGUUGACAACGCUUUACAAUCCAGAAUCUGAAGAAACCUUCCUACAAGAGUCAAAUUCCCGUCUCUCACUUCUAGAUGAUCUUGAAGAAAUAGAUGAUAUUCAGGUAUAAGGGUCGUUAUCGCAAAC